GUCGGUCACCAGAUCUUGUUGGAUGUCGCUAUCGGACUUUGAUGUGAGUGCUCUGCUGCGCCCGCAGCACUUGGUCACGCUCGAGGCCGCGUUCACCGGCGCGCCGAACGGAACGUUGGACCUCACAGCCUUUGCAACCGUGCUCACGUCGGUGCUUGGGCCCGGUCGACUACGAGACGACCAGCUCCGACGGCUCUUCGAGCGCAUUGACGCCAACUCGGACGGGCACGUCGAUUGGCGAGAGUGGUGUCACUUCUUUCUCAUUCUGGACCAGCGCAGCAUCAAUCUGGAGCGCGACGCCAACCGCGCCGAGCUCCGACCGUCCCUCGAAGUUGUCUCAUCCAGCACCCACGAUAGCCCGAUCUUUCGCCUGGCGCAGACCCGCUUGACGCGCCGGCUCGCUCACUCGAAUCACUCGCGUACUGACAGCGUCUACGUCACAUGCACGCACGCCGGCGUUGUGUGUGUCUGGGAUGCAUCCACCCUUGAUAGCCUCUACACGCACGAGAGUCUGCGGGGCAGCUACGUGACCGACAUGUGUAUCUUUUCGUUUAACGAAUGCGCCUACGCGGCCUUGAGCCGCGUCGAUCGAUCGAUCCAAGUGGUUGUGCUAACAACGGGAGCGAUUGUGCUGUCGCUACAGCCUCUCCGAGACACGGCCAUGAGCCUCACGACCUAUGAACAUGCCCACACCUGCCGGCUCGUAUUUGGCGACAUGGCUGGGCGCCUCCACAUCGUCCCGAUCUUGCCCGAUUAUACCGCCUCGUUGAUCGAGCACCUGGCCGUCCAUGCAGACUGGGUGACCAAGGUGGUGUACGAGCCAACGCUGCACGUGCUCUGGACCGCGUCCGUCGAUGGCGCCAUUCACUGCGUGCGUGUGCCCGACCAUACUCUGCUCCACUCGUUCACCCAGCAUCGGGGCGGUGUCUACGCGCUCCUAUCGGUGCCGACGUUGACCUUUGUUGCAAGCUCGGGCGCAGGCAACCACAUUUGCCUCUGGGACCCUGUCUCCACCAAUUUACUCGCUACGCUGGUGGGGCACGCGGCCCCCGUCUACGAAAUGACUGCGAACGCGCCAGCCGGCAAGCUUUUUUCGCUCGCCAAGGACAAGACGAUCAAAGUCUGGGACUGCUACAGCUACGAGUGCACGCAGACGAUCAUGGAUGCGAACCCGUACUUUCCUCACGACCACGUCGAGUGCAUUCUAUGGGACCGCGACUUGCAGCACCUCGUGUCCACAACAACGCAACUCCGCGUGUGGCCAGCCGACAUGGUGCUCAAGCAGACAGUGCGUCAUCGCCGCAGCCAUGACGUUGCGAUCACAUGCGCCGCGUACUCUGCGCUCCUGCAUCAAGUGGCCUCGGCCGAUGUCGACUCGGUCGUGAAUACGUGGGAUGCCACCACGGGCAAGCUCGUGCUGCGGAUGCCGCGCGCCCACGACGACGAACGGAUCACCGCCAUGUCGUACGAUAUGCGAGGGAAACGACUGAUUACGGGCGCCGCCGACGGCUCUGUGCGCAUCUGGAACGGCAGCAACGGACAACUUCUCUCGCAAUGGCGCGACGAUGACGCGUGCAGCGUCGUCGCACUGUUGUUUGUGCAGCCCAUCAUGCACACGACGUCACUCAACACGAGCUGCUAUGUCCUCGUCGCAGGCGACGACAGCCAAGUGCGCUUCUUUGAAGAUACCAAGGCGCUGGAGAUGACACCGAAUGCGGCGUGGCCGGACGCUGAGGACAACCAGCAGCGAGGACACGCCGAGGUCAUCACAGCCAUGUGCUGGCUCCCAGCCAAGGUCGGGCUCGUUGUCUCGGCGAGCCUCGACGGCACCAUUUGCAUUUGGUCGCUGCACACACGCCGCACCCAAGACCGACUCCACCUCUCGUACGCGCGAGAAGAUUUAUGCCCGGACGACAUGCCGUCGUCGCCCGCGUCGUGUGAUCAUGCCGUAUUGUGA